AUGGACUCAGCUGACAACGUGCGCUUGCAGUUGUCCACUCACCUUGAAACUAUCCGAUCAAAAAUCGCCAGGGGAAUGCUUGUGCUUUUCGUUGGUGAACAAGCUUCAGCGUUAACUUCCCCUGACAAUCCCUAUCCUUCAUUGGAUGAUUGGUGGCAGGUUAUUAACCAGUCAGAGGUAAGAGCUGUUUGAAACUCCGAAAUACGGCCCGGGGGUGAUCCCUAUAAUUGCCUAUACCAAGAGAGAAUGAUCUAGAUUAUUCUCUCUUGCCUAUACGUGGAGGCUCCACCCAAAAUGGGUACCAUUAUCAGGCUUCAGGUAUUUGAAAGGGUGAGGAAAUCUGUCAUUUCCUCCUGUAAAAAGACCUAAAAGAGCUAAUAGGAGAAUGAAUUUACGGGUGUGAAAAACGUCGAGACAAUUUACUAGUUUAAAAGACAGUGCAUUUAAAAGACAGUGCAUUUACAGCAGUCUAUAAAAGGGAUGCAGAUUUAUGAAAGGGGUACCGUUUGCCAAUAGAAGGUUUACGGGGUACCUUAAAAAGGGGUAGCUCUUCUGUAAAUAGGUAAGGGAUUGAACCACGGGGCGGAGCCUCCCUGUGUAAAGCGUUUGGGAGUACCCUCUGGGGUCCAAACCUAACACUGAAUCACAAAAACAAGUACGAUCGACGGCGCGAGCCUCGUCUUCUUCACCACCGAUCGAAAAAUUAAGGGUGACUUGCCCAAAGUUUGAGCAGUUCAAAGAGUAUACUGAGAUAGUUCCACCUUUUUAAAGCAUGUUUGUCGAUUCAUGAUGACUUUCAUUAUGUGGUUAAUAGAGGAUGGAUGCAAUCAUCAGUACACAAUCCUAACCCUCUUAGUUGGUUGUUUGCUAGGCAGCGUGCAAUCCGAUUUAAAUUUAACGUUAAAUUUUGUUGGUUUUAAUUAUGUGUCAGCCUAUUAUGUCUAUUAGUUUUUUUGUUUCUUAAGUUUUACUGGCGGAUUUCAUUGUUCAUCUUUCCCUAACAGAAAGGCGUCGACACUCUAUUUGAUCUUGAGGACAAAUUCCUGGCAAACAUACAGCAAGCGCCUUCACGUGUUCAUGAUGCGCUGCGGAAUGUUGGGAAGUUUCCUGUUAUCAUAACGACGAACAUGGAUGACCUGUUAGAGCGCUUCCUUUGGAAGGCUGGGAAUGUUGGAGACAAAGUUCGACUUGAUCAGGCAAGUGGAAAACAGUUCAGUCUUUUAUUGCUGACAAUCGCUUGAUGACUCAACGAAACGUGAAUUUUACAUGACGCUACCGAAAUCACCGCGAUGUGUUUGUUAAGUUUAACAGGGACCGCGGAGGGGGAGGGGCUGGUAGGGCCGCGGCCCCACCACUUUUUAGCGCCCCUGCCCCACUUUUUGAAAAUCAAAUACUAUGAUUUUAUUCCUUUUUUCGAUUUUCAAUAUGAAAAAAUUAUUUUCAAUUGUCAGCCCUCCCAGUUUUUACCUUGCUCCGCGGCCCCUGUUUAAGCUUGUUUUUUCGUAGAUUUUUCUCAAGAACUGGUCUCGAUAAUAUUUCGAUACAAUUUUGACCCACUACUUCAUGAUUUAGAGAGUUCUAUCCCUUUACAGGUGAUCAAAAUAGAACUUGUUUAAUGAAAACCGCCACAGAGGCUUUUAAAAUCAACACACUUCUUCAGCGCGCUCUCUCAUUUUAAAUUGAAACUUAACAAGUCCCGGAUGCGAGUCCCGCAUGCGAGUCACGAUAAACCGCUGUACACUACAGCGCCCAGAUUAUAAGCGCUAAUCGAAGAUUAAAAUUUUGUACCCCGUUUUUGUAUUUUGCCUUCCUACGCGUUGCUUAGGGUAACAUUUUGAGUCAUCAUUACUGUACUUCGUAGUAAAAGCUCAAUAGUAUUUUGUAACCUUGAGUUGCACGUCCUUAGACGAGAAAUCCUUGCUUAAAAUUUGGCUUAAUCCUGGGUUAAACUUAAACUCGAGGAACCGGGCCCUGGACUAUACUCAUCCCGAUUUCAAACCAAUUUACUGCACCAACCCUUCAAAGGUGUUGUUCAACCCCUUAUAAGUUUCUGGAAAUACUGGGUCCCACUUAACAUCCCAUCAAACAGUUUGGUAUUUAAUCCACAUCUUACCUUUUUGAGUAUUCAGAAGUCCUGAGUAUUCAAAAUGAAAAUGUCCCUUUUCAGAUUUCAUGUGUAGCUCCUUCCUGGCCUAACCUGCGUAGAGAUCUGAUUAUCAAAUGUCUUGGAGAUAGCAGUUUCAAUGUCCGGACACAGGUAAGUUCGCACAAACUUUAAAUCAUGGGCGACAGAUCUGGCACGAAAUUCCAGCAUAGACCUCUUCAGCUUGUAUGUUUUGUUUCUCUGUGAAUGUCCCAGGUGAAUUUGACCUCUUGUCUUUUCAAGAAUUAUGGCUGAUUCUGCGUACAUAUGCAAGCCAAUAAGAAAAAGCUUGAAAGAAACAGAGAUCUCUAUAGUAUUAUCACAUGACCUCCAUUAGGAGAACAAUACAUGCAAGCUAAAGAGGUCUUUUUCACAUGGUGAAAGUUACAAAAUUGCUAUGGCAUUGUUCCAAACCAGGUUGGCGUCCAGGUUUAAAAAAUGUUGCGAAUAAAGAUAUCAGGACAAAAAGGCAGGGUAGAAAAACCUAAAGACAGGGAAAAAGCAUAAUCUCGAACAGCAGGAUGGAUUCUAAGGGGUUAUUUUUAAAACGAUUCAGAGAAUUGAGGACUUCAAUGAAACUUUUCAAUGGGCGGAAUUGCGAACGGUACAAAGCGAAGUUUUUCACCCAUGAUAUCAAUAGGUAAAUAAAAGCUAUAGUCGUGAAAUUAGUAAAUUAUUUCUCGUGCAGUUUGUCAACAAUACAUUUGGCUUGUCUAUUUACACUGACUGAUCCCCUGAAAAUCAAAAACAGUUUCCGUUUUCAGUUUUAAUAGCGAUAAAAUUAUUAAGCUCAACAUUUUUUCUUUUGAAGCCCAGCAGCAAGAACUACUUUGAGGACUUUUGCAGCACUCUUGAAAGUGCAGAAGUUGACUUUAUGCAUCGAAUUUUCAACGAACGAUCUGUGCUGUUUCUUGGAUGUGAUCUUCAUCGUCAAGACUACGAAAGCUUUUUUCAGAAAUUUGCCGUUAAUGCUAAGGUAUAUACUACUAACUGAGGUGACAAGUGAAAGUUUCGCUUCGUUUGUUCUUUUCCUUUCUCUGCAUGCCUGACAUGCCGUCUUCUCCUUCUUUUUCUUCGUUGUCGUCUUAUUAUUCUUCUUCUGCAGUUUAAUGUCUUGGAUUGAAAUUUCGAAAGACAUAACCAAUAAUAGAAUCUGUACCAAAUAGUGUUCCUAGAACUCCAGAACCGUAACGAAAUCAAAUACUUCAAUUUGAAAACAAAUUGGUUGACUAUGACUUUUGGGGUCCACCUGAAGGGAAAACAAAAACACUGUGCGAAAACUUUCUUAAGUAUAAACAACCCGUAUUCACCCUGACCGACAACUGGGGUGAAGGAUACAUAACUAUUUUCAUUGCACUACAUUAGUAUAGAGUAGUCUCAAAUACUUUGGCUUUCCAUUUUGGUUUUCUAUCGAUACUAUAACGCACUUCUUAUCUCGUACAAAAAACAGUCAAACCUCGCUAUUUCGAACUCGGUUAAUUCGAAGUCCCCGCUAUUUCGAAGGAAGAUCGAAUGCCCUUGGAUUUACCCUUCCCCUUUAUGCUUCCCCGGUUAUUUCGAAGCCCCGCUAUUUCGAACUUUUUUCCAUUUCCCUUGGGACUUCGAAAUAGCGGGGUUCGACUGUAAUGAUAAAAUUAUGAUCAAACAAAGACUGUAAGUGUGUGACAAUAAGAAUAAAGAUAGUAUUUGGGGAUAGAAUGAGGAAUUGGACUUGAAGGCUGAAGUAAAAUCAGUCUUCGGGAAAGGUGCACGAGAGACUGUCAGAGGUAUAGGGAAACUACUUUAAGUCAGUCAAGUCGAUUUGUUUGUCAGUGUUGUAAAUUCAACAGCUGUCACGGCAAUAUGAGACAGUGUAUGCCUGUAGGAGAUUAAUUAAGACAGUGGAUCCGUUUUUCUGUUACCACUUUUUAGAUGAUCCAUUACAAUUUUGAGACUUCAGAUAAGUCGGACCUGGAAGCAAACGGAAAUCUUCUCACUCUGAAGGUGACCAUAAAGCCCUGGGAAUUUGUGCAGUUAUUGAGCACAGGAACUAUUCAAGAGGCCGAGGACAUUCAGCCUGGAGAGGUACUAAUGCUUUGUAUUUAAGUUAUAGCUCUGUAGCUCAGUGGUUUAGAGCAUCCAAACUAGAACUCGGAGGGUCGUGAGUUCGAUUAGCCAAGCAACCGCACGACUAACUAAGAGACCAUUGACUGGCAAAUAUCUUAGUUGCUGCCUCGUACCCUAAUGUCUCUCCCUGGUCUCUCUAUCCAUAAAAAGUGCGCGCAAAGGAAGGCGGGAAGGAGAACGGGCAAGACGCCGCUUCACCUCUCAUUUUCUCCUUCCCAUGGUCCAUUGCGCUUCUUCACCAGUCCUGCGUGUCACUCGCGUUUCGCGCUGGCCUCUGUGCGAAAAAAGAAUCGCCAGCGGAGGAGACAAUGGUUGGUUAACACAGUGAUUCAUGUGUGCUUUCAUGCAUUCUUAAUUUCUUAAGGUCUAUUUGCGAUCUUACCUGAGAAUCCAAAGGGACCAAUACCUUCAGCAGCAACUUGCCCUGGAGAAGAAAGCAUCCGAGAUCAUCUUUCACACCACGACUGUCACGAAUGCCUUGUCCCCAGACGAAUACUUUGAGCUGAUCUCUCGUCAUGCGAUCGAAGAUAUGUUCAUGAAAGAUUCUUUUGGUAAAUAAAACGUGUCACAUUUCUGCUAUUUUGCACAAUAUUGAGCUGGUUAACUAUAAGGCAGACAUUGAAAAUUAAAGAUGACUUCUUAAUUAAGAAAAUGUUUACUUUCUCGUGGAAGGAAAGUAGGUCUUAUUCUAACCGAACUAAAUCUCAAGACGUUUUAAAUGACCAUGUUCGUGUUAAAAUAGUGACCUAUUCUCCAUAUAUGGAUUAAUAGAAUUAGGACCAAAAAGUGAUAGGGCUGUUUCCCGUUAUGUUAUUACGGAAAGGUCUCAUGGAAAAAUAGAAUUCUGGUAUCAUUCAAACGACCAGCCCCUGUUAAGGUAGCAUGCACAGGCAGUGGAAAUGUACAAGAGCUAAUUAAAAUCCUUUUUAUCCCUCACAGCUGCUCAUUUAAUUUCAAAUGAAAGAAGACCCGAUAAGAAAGCAGAAGGAGAUAUAUUAAAUUGCCAGGACAUUCUAGUCAUAACUACAAUGAUAAAGCUGAAUGAAAGGCUCUCUUCGAACACUAUAGUUUUCAUUUUAAGCUCUCCAUAGUCCAUGUUUCCCUUAGUCUCAAAAAACUUUUUUGAAUUUUUUUUAGGUGUUUACUCGCAGGAAAAAGUCCAGAGAACGGUAGAUGCCAUGAAACAAAGACGAGAUAACCUGAUUUGGGUAAAAUGCCGUAAAUUGCGGUUAUAAAUGUCACUAUGAUUAUAAGCCAGUGGUUUAUGAUUUUGACACCAACUGUGACAAUGCUCAGUUUAAUUUCUGACGUAACUAUGACCAUGACGGUAAGAAAAAAUUUAAAUUGACUGUAUUAGUGAUUACAGCAGUGAUAGUUACUUUGGCAGUGACUACGUAAAUCAGGGCUGUCAAAUCUUCCGGAUAAUCCGGGAGACUCCAGAUUUUGAACCGUUUCUCUCGGUCUCCAGAUUAGAGUCUGAAAUCUUCCGGGUAAUUGCCGAAGUUUGCCAGUCUUGUAGAUUCGGCUUUCUGACAAUGAAAUUUCAAAUAUUUUGCGUUGUUUGAGCUAUUUUACUGUUAACAUCGAACGUUUCCUCACAAACUCCGGUAUGGCAUUGUAAUAUGAGCAAUAAUGUGAUUGGUGGGAAGUAAACCAGUUGGGUCAAAUGUUACAAUUCCAACAACAUGUAUUUUCGCGUGUUAUAUUUUCACAAAUGACGUAAUGUGCCGUACAUUAUGACGUCAUCUACCAUCCCUUCCACAUGAAUUCUCAAUAUUUGAAGACGUGGGGGUUGACAGCCAGGUAAGUAGCAAAGUUUGACUGAUUGGGAUUGUGUUAGUGACUACACACAUAUAACAGCGACUAUGACUGCUACUGUGAAAGUGGUUUUGAGGUUACUGUGACUGCAGCUGUGACUGCGGCCAUGGCUGAGACCAGGAGCCCAUAAGUAUUAACUAAUAUCAUUUAUAAACUUGACACUUGGACUCUUGCCCCCCAGAAGACAAGUGGUAUGGCGUGAUUCUGUGGGUGUUGAGAGUUCUGGGUCAGGGCUUUAAAUCAGAGUGCGCAGAUAUUUUUCAUCAGAGUUUUCUCUGGUUGUUGCACCAUACUGACGAGCCCCAAAAAGGGCGAAACAGCUGUCUGUGGCUACAAUCUCGCUCUGUUUUGAGUUAUUUCGGUGUCGAGUUGAUGUCCUGCAGAGUUAAUUUUCACGUAGUUCGAUCAGCAUUGCAGUAUUCUGUUUGCAGAAUUUAAUUUGUCUACAUUAUUAUUUUUGCUGAUCAGAUCUUUUAUGUAUUAACCUUUUUAGCUCCUAAAGACUCCUGAAGCGCAGACAAGGAUCACUUGCCUUUUCUUUUACCAUGGAGUCAAGAGAGAAAUACAGAAGUGGAAAGAAGUCGAAGAAACCCCUUCUUUGCCUGAGGAUGAAAAACAGAACAUUUUACUGAAAUGCAAGAUUUCAGUUAGCAAAUACGCAAAGGUUGCACUGCUGGCCAACUCAUUUAUGCAACGGAACAGCUCUAUGGAAAUUCGCAUAGUUGACUCGGAAAAGUAUGAUGUGGAAAAACAGAGGGAGGUGGAAAGGGAGACGUUUGCCCUCAUCCGUCUUAAAGGUAGGAAUAGAAUCCAUGUGUUUUUGUAGUUAAGCUACACGUAUACAACAAACCAGCAAACUUCAGAUUCAAGUUGAAAAUUUUCACGAUAGAAACUGAGCAGAUAAAACCGUUCAAAACAGUUCUUAUGGAUAAAAAAGUGAGUGAAACUACUAAUUUAUGCGUGGAAAUAAUGAACAGUAAACGACUGGUAAAGGGGAAACGUGGUCACGUGAUACAAACUCGCGUUUGCAGUUUGACGCACGUUAAGCUUUAAAACGUCUCUAUUAGCUGCUGUUGUUGCUUCCAUUGAAACAUAAUCGUUCGAUUUCCUAACUACUCUAACCUGCGAUCAGGUGUUCUUAGUUUUCGGGGAAAGCUCGAAAAUGAGCGGACGGUUUACACAAUUACUGCUUUUUUAUACCUUAUUAACUGGAUUAAACGCCUCAGCACGUUUAUUAAAUUUUUAGCGUUUACGAUCUGAUUCAGGAGCGAUGUCUAUUUUGGUGACAUUUCUUUAAUCACUGACAAAAAUUACGAUUAUCAUAAUCAUUUUUAUUCUUCUAAGUUAUGUAAAACAGAAGGAUGUUUUAAGUUCAAUGGUUUGUUUGUUUUUCUUUGCUGAGAUUCGUAAUUGCCUGGAUGGGGUAGGUUACGAGGUUGUACCGAGUUUUUCCCUCCCCUAAUAUACGCCGCAAUGUACUGAGUGGGUGCGCGUUUGGUGAUGUUUUCUUCCAUGACAUGAUGAAUGUAUUAAUUAGUUUUAAAGAAAUGUAAACCCUAUAGCAACAUUAGCAAAAAAUGUAAUCUUUGUCGUUAUGAAAAUAUCAACCACCCAUAUUUUACUGCCAGCUUUUAAUUUUAACGGUCAAUCGUUGAAGUUGCCUGAUGAGUGUGGUCCUAUACAAUUUCAGACCAUACGAAACAGAACUGUCGCAAUUAAAUGAUCGAUGAUUACUCCCUGAAGCCUGCACUCCUGUUAUUAUUAAUAGUCAAUGCUCUUCAAUUAAAUGAAUUGAGCGUUAUACGAAAUACUUUCUACCCAGAAUACAAGUAUGAAUUUCAUACCGUAUAUUGAACUGCGCGAGAUGAAAAAAAUACAGAGAAGAUUAUCACAGUUAAGUACUCAACUUAUGCAGUUGUGAAAAGAAAGCCUGAAAAAGUUCCGACUUUGUCGGUAUUCAAAGCUCAAUUUGGCUGCUUUUUAGCUCAAUUAAUUAGAGCUGUGCACCAGUAUCGCAGAGGUCAGGGUUCGAGUCCCGGCAAGGCUGAAUUUUUUCCAGGCUUUCUUUUCGCAGUUGCAUAGGUUGCGUAUUUAAUUGUGAUGAUCUCCUCGGUAUUUUUCUUCCAUCUGCAGCAUUUAAUCGAAAGUGGCGUUUAAUCGUUAGACACGGUAAUAUUCCCUAGGCCAGUUUUUUUUUUCAGCAUUGUUCGUACUUAUAAGAAUCAGGAAAGGUAGACCAUCGAGGUGGAAAUCUCUUCAAAACUGACUCAAACAGUUGGAUAUUGAUUCCGUUUUCCCAUACGUUUAUCGUCUAUCUAAAAGGGAUAACGUCUAGUUAUUUUAGGGGGUUCUGUGUCAUACUCAAGCCCCUUCUCCUAAAACAGACACUGGCUGAUGCUUGGUCAACUUUAUUCCAAACAGUUCCUUGUAUUUCCUGUGAAAAAACUGCCCAUUCCAACAGUUUGAUAUCUGGUGAUCAGAAACAGGCAUUUUCGGCAAAACACUCCACCACUCUUAUUUCGUUAAUUCUUUCUGAAGGACGGGUAAUAUAACUAGAGGGAUAGAGUUUCUGCAUAGUAUAGUCAGCUUGUGUGCUAAGGCCUCCUUGAAAAUAAUGACCGAGCGCGUAGCGCGAGGUCAGCUAUUUUUCAAAAGGCAGAGGAGUGAGGGCAUUAUCCGAUUAAAUACACCCUUCCAUUGUUUUAGAACGAGCAAGUCAUUAUUGUGGCCUCCGAAGUGGAACAGUAGCUUAUUAUUCGUAAUAAUAACCUCCUGUUCCACCCCAGUGGCUUGCUCCUCCCAUUUCUUGUAAAUAAUAACCUGUUCAACAGAAUGAAAGGCGCAUUAAAGCCACAUCCUACAUUUUACAGGUGGAACAGAUGAAGCAAUCUGCUACGCUGAUCAAGCAUCAUCUCCAGAUCAGCGAAAUUUUGCUUCUCAUCUCGUGAACAUCAAUGGGGAGGAGGUUGCGAACAAGCGAAAAGUCUACGAGAAAAGUCGAUUGGUUGCCUGGAGUAACGAAGACUCUAUCCUGAAACUUGCAACUACCAUCAUGAAAGAAAACUCUGAGAUGAAGGACAGAUUCGGCAUUGACGCAAUUGAAGUAAGCCUUUUGUUUUGGUCGUUUGUGUGUCCCUUUAUCGCUAGCCCUUUUAAGCCGCGUUAAAAUGCCUCGAUUAUCUGCGUUUUUGAGCGGCUCUUUAAAUAGUUUAAGCACAGCCAGACCUAAUCCACCAAACUUAGCAUUUUCAAGCUGCGCGUAUAUUUCUCUUACGCCACUAAUUGCAGGGCUGGAAGUGCAGUGCGGGGUUUGGAAAAAGUUAACGGGAUUACAUACGGGAAUUGACGGCUACUGGAGAUGCGGGAUUCGCCAAAAUACAGUGCGGGAUUCAGAAAAAGUUAACGGUAUUACAUACGGGAGUUGACGGCUACCGGAGAUGUGGGAUUCGCCAAAAUACAGUGGGGGAUUCGGAAAACGUUAACGGGAUACGGGAAUUGAAUGCUGCUGGAGAAGAGGGAUUUGACCAAAAUACAGUGCGGGAUUCGGAAAACGGUAAUGGGAUUACAUACGGGAAUUGACGGCUACCGGAGAUGCGGGAUUCACCAAAAUACAGUGCGGGAUUCGGAAAACGUUAACGGGAUACGGGAAUUGAAUGCUACCGGGGUAGCGGGGCUCACUAAAAUUUGGGCACUGAUGUGGGAUGGGAAAGAAAAUUAUGUUCGGGAGAGCGAUGAGAGAAAUUCGGGAUUCGGUAUUUUCGUGAUGCGUGUUCGGGAUACGGCAUUCUCGUGAAAAAAGAGUGGGAAUACGUGAUCAGGGCCUCCCAGUCUCUGUUAUUGUCUGUAAGUAGCAUCUUCUUUCCAUGCUAUCGUGAUUGACGAAAAUGGCUUUUAAGAAAAAUGAUGCGUUCGAGCACACUUUGUUUGGGUUUUGUGACAUUGGUCAAAAAAUAAUAGCCAUUUACUAAACGGAAGCGAUGAUUUACAGAGGCAAGAAGGAAAAGGUAAACCGUCCGAGACAAAAAGUACAUUGAAUGAAGAAGUUACCGAAAAGUACGAAAGGAAAGGGGAAGGCUUCUUAGUUUCUUGGUGGGUGUUGUGUCAAGAAAUGCUAUCUAUCUUCAAUUUUUAAAAAAAGCCUCUCAACAGAGCGAAGACUUGGCUGACCUGGAACAGCUGACUCGAAUAAGCAACAAAUUUAGAAGCGAGCUUGAUGCAGGCUACUUUGAUCGUAUCGGCGAGGGAAACUUUGGUUACGUGUACAAAGCUCAAAAGGGCAAACAAGAUGUUGCUGUGAAGAUCUUAAAGAAUAAAGAAGACAAGGAUCUGAUCAAUAACUUCGAGAGAGAAGCUGAUAUGUUGAGGUAAGUUCAAGACUCUAUUUGAUAAAUAACGUUAUUAAAUAAAAGUGGCAAAUGUUUCGUUAAUGUAGCGAUGUCACGACUAUUUCCAGGGGGAAAAACAAGCAAUAACUACUUUCCGUUUUGCUGAUUACUGUAUUUAUUCGAUUAAGUGCCCAACCUCGAAUAAGCGCCCACUGCUCCCUGCCCCCCACCAAGAAAAAAAUUGACCUUACUGACAAUAAGAUUGAAAUUUACAAAGUGAUACUUAGCUAGAAACUUCCCACGCGACAAUGUUUUCUGGUACAUCUUCACGUUUUGUAAUUAUUUAUCUAUUGCUGUAAAAUAAAUUUACUACUUGCUGAAAAUGGUGAAAAUUUAGCCUCUGCGUUAGUGCUGCAGUGCUCUACCAACUGAGCUGUGAAGAACCAUACACAGAGAGCAGGCCAACGUGUUAAUUUCAUCUUGGCCCGCAAAAAAGAAAUGAGACGCGGAGGUCAUGGGUUGAAAUAUCGUUGAGGCCCUUAAACGAUUUCCCGGGCUUAAUUUGUAAUUACAUUGCGAUUAGAACUUCGAUGGUCAUGUCUUCAUUUAGAUUUGUAUUCUUGGAGUUCCCAUAAUCUUCAUUCUGUAAUUCUGAUCACUCUUAAUUCAAAGCUCCUUGUUUUCUAUUGGCAUCUGUUCCAUACGGCCUCAGAGGCAAUUCGCUGAUCAAAGUAUAUAUUAUUUUUAUUCUCUGACCAGAAAAGCGAAUCACCCAAAUAUUGUACAGGUCAUCUCUAUACACAUCUCCAAGAAAAGUGAGUUGUCCAUCGUGAUGGAGUUUAUGGCUGGAGGAAAUCUCAAAGACCUGUUGAGAGAAAACAAGCAAGGAAUGGGAAAAGAGUUCACAGUUACAUUCAUUGAAGAUAUCGGCUCAGCUAUCGAGCAUCUUCACUCGCUUGGUGUUAUGCACAGGGACGUUAAACCGGAAAACAUCUUUGUGAGUACUAGUUUAAAUUUUGGUGCAGUCAUUUUGUCUUUACUACUAACUUUUACUGGUGUGAGUUCCUACAGUAAACCAGAAAUUUCUGUUUAGCCUACUUUGGGCCGUGUGUUGAAGUGUGCUCUGUGUGCAUAGCACCCCCAAAACGCGACAAUUGGAGUCUUGUUCUCCUGGAGACACGUGAUAUAGCGUGAUCCGGUGGGUGUUGGAGUUCAUUGUUGAGGCUUAAAACGGAGUGAGCGGGUAUUUUCUCAGCAGAGCUUCUCUGUUUGUUAAGCUGUCCUGACUAGCCACAAUUAUGGCGAAACAGCUGGCUACAACCCCGUUCUGUUUUGGGCUACAAUGGUGUCCUGCCGAUGUCUUGCAAAGUUACUUUUCAUGCAGUAGUACGAUCAGAAGUUUGCAGAAUUCAAUGUGUGUAUUUUGGUAUAUUUUUGCUGGUCAGGUCCUCUUUAGAUCCUACGCUCUGCGGCAAAUUCGUUUGCAGUCCUUUGCAGUUAAUAGUGAACUUAUGCAACAGGACGGGAGAGAAAAGAAGACGGUAAACCUUAUGUGACAAGCGUGACAAUAAUUGUUUGAAAUAACUUUUCGUCAAACUUCACUUUCAAACUUUUUAUACAGAUCUUUUUGUAAAAGACCAGAAAACAUUGAUGAUAGUGAAGUUCACAACAAAACACACAACUAGUGGCCUUGUCACGUUCAUCACGCACAAGGGAUUUGCCGUCCUCUUCUUCCUGCCGUCCUGUUGCGUAAACUCACUAAUGUCCAAAACUGUGGCCAGUGGUUGCUGUUGCUGCUCAUUUCUAUUGCGUUUUUCUGUGAGUAGGUGGAAUAUGAUUGUCCAGGUGAGAUAGUUCCGGGUGAGUCUAGUCCUAGUCAGUGAGGUAGGAAGAGUCCACAGAAAUCAUCCUUAACGAAAAUUUGAAGAAAGGGCGCAAACAUUUAAUCAUAUCAGUUUGUUUCCUCCAAAAUUUCUCAUCAGUUGUCGAAAGAUCAUAAAGUCCUAAAGCUUGGGGACUUUGGCCUAGCCCGUGCUACCAUAGGAUCAAAAAGCAGGAAAACUGAAACUGGAUCGUACCGCUAUAUGGCUCCGGAGGUAAUGAAUUCUGAGGGCAAGUAUUCCGAAAAAUCUGAUGUUUACAGCUUUGGUAAGUAUGGGUUACUUUGGUAACAGUGCAAGGUCUUAUUUCGUUCCCUCCGAGGUUUUUUUGAUUAGCAUUUUGAAGGCCCUUGGACAGGGUCAGCGCCAACCUGCACGCAAGGAAAAAAUGGAGCGUAACUGUUGGAUUCCCUCUUUUCUCGCCCUAAUUUGUUUUGCAAACUUUGAAGGUCUGAAAUUUAUGUUUGAGGUGCAGUGGGAUCUUUGCAUAUUAAACAGUCACGUGGGACAAAACCACUUUGCUGGCGAGCAUGAGACACAGUGGACAAAGACAAACAAAAACAACGACAAUACGAUGAUAUCUUAUAACAAGCUAAUCUUCCUUCUUGCAAGAUCCCACUGCAUCUUUUUGCUCUCGAUAGAAAUUUUUUUUUACCUCGGGGCUGUUUUGCUGCAAAGAGCCCAUUCUAGCGUUUUAAAUGUCUCUUGUGUUACGGCAAUUUUUCCUGCUCGACUUUCUUAACGUUGCAUGACUUUUUCCUUAAGCGUAAGGUUGCCAGGUGGUUUUUGCGUUACGUUUCCUCUUUGUAAACGCUGAUCCCAUCUUGAGCCAAUAAUUCUGUGGUCAUCAAGAAAGAGAGAAUCAUGCCAACAGGUUUACUUCAAAUUCAUAUGGAAAAAGCUUUGCAAUUGCCAGCUAGGCCACUUCCACUCUUUAAAGAAAUGUCACGUCCUUACGUAACCAAAGCAGUCAUUCCUGAGUAGUAUAGUAGGGAUAAAAUUAAUCUUCUUUAAUAUCCUGCUUCGAAAGAUGCACGUUUUGGUUUUAGGUUGUGCUUGGUUUAACCGGACUGAUAGUUUUGAGCUAUUUCAGGAUUUUUAUUGCCUGCCUAAAUUUAUAGAGCCGUUUGUUGGUUGAUUGAUUCGAGAAGGAAUAAGCGCCAACUCGCAUGCCAGUUUCACACACUGUAUGCAAGUUUACACGGGACACUAUGAGUAUGAAACUUUGGUAACUAUCAACGCGAGAAAUUCUCGCCCGGACGAAACAUAGAAUGAAGAUAACAAGAUAAUUCAUUCUAUGUUUCAUUCCUUUCACAGCUUAAGAUGAACUCAACAAAUUGGCCUGAUCCCAUGUAUAGGACUUCAUAGCUCAGUUGGUAGAGCACUGCAGCGCUAACGCAGAGGUCAUGGGAUCGAAUUCCGUUCAAUGCUCGAAAAUUUUUUUCGGGUUAAUUUGCAAUUGCUAAAAUUGCAAUUACCACUGCGACGAUCAUAUCUUCAUUUAAGUUUGUAUUUCCGCAGUUCACAUUAUCUUCAUUCUACAUACGUUAUGAAACAAAAUGAUCAACAAAACAACAACAAAAUGAUCAAAUCUACAAAAAGGUUAACGUCAUACCUACUAGACUACCUUGCGAGCGACAUUUACACUCGCAAUUAUGCUGACUUUUCACAGGCCCCUUUUUAAUUCUCCAUCGAUUCUGUUUCUUUCACAGAGACUAAACAGUGAGCUUCUCUUUUCUUUUUAGGGUUAUGUCUGGUCGAGGUUGUGAGUGGCAAAACUGUCUUUGAUGACAUCGAGAAUGACUUUAGGGUACUCCGUACAAAAGUCUCCGGCGGGAAACCUAAUAUUCCGGUAAGGUUGACUAUAUUUGAACCCUGAUCCUUGCAGGUUAAUCCUAUAAUUUUACAUCACAAAAUCGAGACUACUCGUGAUCUUAUACGGAGUUUAUUUUAGGAAAUUUCCGAGACACAAUUUGGAGAGGAGGCCGCGAAGAUAAGGAAAAUAAUAGAUGAGUGUCUGAAGACUGAAGCCUUCCGUCCCGACAUGCACAUUGUGCUGACAAUUCUUAAGAAGCCGUUAAACGAGAUGGAUGCAAGCGGUCAAAAAGGUAGGUACGUCGCGAGUGGGACCAGCCAGAGAUUUCUUUAAAACUGUUGGAAUACUCCUACGUAGUGAUGCAUAGCAACAGACGUUGUAAUGGGUUACUGGUCCGAUACAAUCUUGAGAUAAGGUAGAUAGUACAUUGGACCAUGGCAAUAAAGGGGAACAGUACUUCAUUUCGCUGGCAGGGCUUACGAUGUAACCGGCUAAUUCCAGGCUUCCCGCAAAACAGCAAAUGGUAAAUAGUAAGCAGUGACUAGACUUGACCCCGGUUGUUCAAACAUUGGACGGCGCUAUCCCCGGGAUAAAUCGCUAUGCAGCGGAUAAGUAUUAGCGGGGAACCAAUUGCGUUGUUAUCAAAGUGGAUAAAGAUUUAUCUAGUGAAUGGCGUUACUGAUCUACCUUUUGAACAACUGGACCCUGUUAGCUCCCACUGUACGUUAUUGGUCGUCCUGGAGUACAUUUGGAACCCUGCAUGGGGAUCUUGUAGCAAAGUUAGAUUCGCUGAUUUCGUUCUCGUAAAGACACUUUAAAGAAUGUGUCAGAUUUAAUUUCCAUGAAUUAGGCUAUCGGUAGGAGUUGCUUCUGGGCUAGUAACCUUGACGAUGCAAAAACAAAAUCUGCUUU